AUGAUGUUGUGGCCCCAAUCAGCUAUCCCUGGGCCGGCCACGCAGUACAGGCGGCCAGGUGAUUCAGUCGAGCCGCUGCCGACGGCUCUGCCGUGUGCCAAGGUCGUGCCCGUCUUUGAGAUUGCGCUUAAGAAGCCCAGGCUACAGGCAGGUGAGAAGGCCGGAGUCGAUCGAGAAAAUGUCCUACGUCGGUGGCUCUGUGUUCUGAGCCACUCACCUGGCGCCUCGAGGUUGGGGGUUCUCAUAUGGGCGCAAGGCGAGUCCGACCCCUUGGGUGUCGUGGCGCAGGCCUUGGCAGGGAAAGCUACAUCGACUCUGCUCAAGCGAGCCCGUUUUUCUGCACGAUUCGUCUGCUGGGCCGACAAGCAUCAUAUGAAAGCUUUCCCGAUGAGCCUCGAAUUUCUUGUGAGCUUCCUCAAACCACUUGCUGCCGAAGCCAGGAACAGUGCCAUUCGUGAGGCUAUGGAGACUGUGAAUUUCCUUGAACAUGUUCUAGGAAUUGAGAUCGAACAAGGAAUCGGCGACAACCCUUGGGUCAAGGGAGCGCUGCGAGGAGCCAACAUUCGCACCUGUGACCCGAAACGAUCGAGAGUCCUGAAGGUCGAGGAGGUGCUUCUCCUCGAAGGAGCGCUGAUAGACGGCGCCCUUGACAAGGUGGACAGGUACGCCACUGGAGUCUUCUUGUUCCAGCUUUACUCCAGGGCUCGAGUGUCGGAUCUGAGGAACAUUUCGAAGCUUGAGCUUGACCUUGAUGGCGAUACGGGUUUCAUCGAAGUCAGAACCUAUGAGCACAAGAAUUGCCGGCUGAGCAGUGGACCGGGGGCCGUGCUCAUUUUGGUUGCGCCGUAUCAUGGGCUUCACCAGAAGCCCUGGCAUGCCGCUUGGGUAGAGGCAGCGAAGGCCGUUGGCUUCGACUUCGAGAAAGGGCAUCGCGGGCCGAUGCUCCCCCGCCUGGCUUGCGAUUACUCUUGGAGCGGGGACGCCAUCGAUGCCAACGAGACCACUACAUGGAUCAGGGCGUUGCUCUCUCGGCUGCAAGCGGCCGAAGAAGAUCUUACAUUCUCCUCGCAUGGAUUGAAGGCAACGCCGCUUUCCUGGACAUCGAAAGCUGGAUACGGUGAGAGGACACAACUUGUCCUGGGACACCAUAGCUUAGGUCCAAGUGGGAAAACGCAAGAAGCUUACGCUCGCGAAGUGCAGGCGCAGCCGCUACGAGACCUUGCAGAAUGUCUUGGUGCCAUCCGGCAGGGGGUGUUCCACCCGGAUCGCACAAAGAGCGGGAUGAUUGCAGAUGGUGCGACCAUCCGUGGGUCACGCUUCUCUUUGGCACCCAUGGGUCGGGCCAAUCCUUCGCCAUCUCACGAGAGCUUCGAGUGUGCUCCCGAGGUUGAGCUGGCCGAGGAUGGAGGCGUAGAGCCUCUUGAUGAUCAGGACUUGGGUGAACAAGAAGACGUUCACGAGGCCUCGAGCAGCGAGUCCGAGAGUUCUGGUGAGUCCGAGGAAGAGACUCAUUAUGAAAGUUUUGGAGCAGGCGAGGCGCAGAAUGCGAUCCCGUCUGUGAACAUGGGCCGACCCCUCCGCGACGCAGGGGCCAUGGCGAGUUUCAUCGCUAAGAAGCAGGGCGCCGUCUUCCUGGAGCGAGCCAAACGUGUGGGCCUCCCACAGGAAGCAGUGGAUCGCCUUGUUGCACAGACCAUCGACACGAUGGCGAAACUAGCGUUCGCCCCUUGCCAGCCUGGGGAGACGCCGACCGAGGAGUCGCUGGCGGCCCUCAUCAAGGCACUCGUGGAGAACAAGGAGAACGAGGUCAAGGAGUUAGCCCCUGCAGAGCGCCGCGAGCGCAUCCGAGCACAGGCCCGCAAACUCACAGGCAUCACCAUGUCCGGCCAGACUGAGUGCAGCUAUGCCUCGUAUGACCUCUGCAUGAAGCUCCUUACUGACAAUUGCAUCAGCUAUCUUUCCCCGGCCAAGUUCAUCACUCGCGAAGCUGAGCUGCGUUCCGAGAAACCGCGGAAGGAGUUGGAUGUGCAAGCUUCAACACUGGUCGUGAGAGAUCGUGACCCCGAUCAGUCAUGCGAUACUUCCACUGCACGGAGCCUUCACCAUGCCAUGCACCGUCGAAGCCUUGCUCUUGACUUGAUCGGUGUAACUGAUUACUUUCGGGUUCAGGGCUUCGUGGAUUUCCUCUUGGGCCACCUUCAUCAGGAGCCCAUUGCUGGUAGCCGUGCCACCUCUGUACAACAAAUUCUGCAUGCGGACCGUGCUGCCUGGAUGCGCCUGGCAGAGCUCACCCCCGACGGGAUUCGUCGAGAUGCAGCCGGGGCUUUGCCUCUUGACAGUUUGUGGGCCCGCUUGCAGACUGACCCGAAAGUAAUUUUUCAUCUCCUCCCGCGGGAAGGUGGAGCCCUCAAACGAGAAAACAACGAGAUCAAGCCUGACCUCACAGACACCCCGACCAAAAAGCAGCGCAAAGGUACUGGAAAAGGCAAGACCAAGACAUUGCGUGAGCCCAGCAAUCUCCCAGAAGAACUCAAGGGCCUUUCGUCUUGGACGAAGACCGGAAAGCGCCGCUGCUGGGGAUUCAAUAUGGCUAGUGGGUGCGCUAAUGCCAAGGUCGGCCAAUCCUGCCCCAGGGGCCUGCACAACUGCAUGCGUUGUGGCGGUCACCACCCUGCGCAUGCGUGUCCAAAGAAGCCAUGA